AUGAUUUUAUUUGAUAAAAAGAUAAAGAUGGAAGAACGUCUUUUGUGUGCACAUUCCCUAGAAAAUAUUGAAUAAAAUAGUAAAAUCAUUGGAUUUAAAAAGGCACUUAAAAUGAUUGAAGAAAAAUAAUAGUCUAAAUUAAAUAAUAUAUAAGGAUUCAUAAAAACCAAUUAGGAAAUAGUGGAUAAUUAAUCAACCAAAUUCAUAAAUUAAAAUCAAACUUAAUUAAUAUUUAGAUAAAUUGUUAUCUUUUUCGAUUGA